AUGGACAGCAACUACGCAGAGGCAAGCGGCUCCGGCUCUAUCUCUGGCUCCUCGAGCGCAGCUCAUCAACUGCUGCGUCAGACGCUCGACUCGAGCAAAGUAUCCGACUCUCAAGUUUCACAGUACUUCCGCGAGCGACUGCAAGAUCGUCGCAUUCAGAUUACAAACCUCGACCGCGCACGCCCCAAGACGGGUGGUACAGAUGAUUAUGCCCGCGCAAAAGCCGAGAAGAAGCUUGUCAAGCGCCGCAGAAGGGUCAAGAGCGAGUUGUCUGAGCUCAAAAGGCUACGGAUUGCUGUUGGUCGUUCCACCAAGUACCCAUCAUCCGCAAACGUAAUUCCCGCAACACAUCGACCAAUAGCAGAGCAAUCAGACGAAGAGGACGAGGCAACGAAAGAAGUUGUUUGUAGCAAGCAACGGCUUCUAGCAGAUGCGAACAAGCAAUUGAAACGUCUGCGUUCGGUUCCACGACAACGUACAAACCAAGCCAAAAAGGUCGACACGACCGCACGGAAACCUCUCAGCCGAUCUCAACGCAAACGUAUGGGUCUCGAACAAGUCGAUACCAACAUGAGCUAUGAGCUUGUCCAGCCUCUUCACGAAAUGUGGCAAACCUACAUUCAACAGCUUCUCAACAUCGUCGCCAUGAAUAGCAAAGGUCAGCUCGUCUCCAACCCACAAUUUGACCCCAAACACCUUACCACCAUGUCCUCUGGCACUGUCAGUGCCAUGCAAGCUUCACUCAUCAAAGCCGAUCUAUGCGGAGCAGAAGUGGAGGUCGUACGCGCUGCCAACCCUUCUCUAGUAUCUCAGUCUGGGUUGGUUGUCAAGGAGACGGAACAUACCAUCGUUCUCGCCAUCCCACCAAAAAAGACAGCAGCGAGAGCGGGCAAUGCAACACGCACUAUACCCAAGAAGAACGCCGUGUUUGCUGUCAACAUCCCUCUAGCAACCACAGGAGAAGACGGUGGAGAUGCAGGUCAUCUACGCUUUGAAUUGCAUGGCAAUCAUAUGAUGCACACUCUGCCAUCUAGAGCUACUCGGAAAUAUAAGGCUAGGCCCACCAUUGACUUUUGA